AUGUCAGAAAAUCCCACAUCUGGCAAGACCUCUGUGAAAAGUCCAAAAACCUCAGCAAAGAAACAGAAGGGUGAAAAGAAAGCUAAGAAAUCUCCAAAAGGAAUACAAACACAACUUGGUGAAAAAGAUGAAGUUGAUCUUUCUAUGGCUAGUAUAGGCCACCCUGAAAUCUUUCCUUUAAUUUUCACUACAAAGACCCAAGAAAUUUUUAAUUGCCGAAUUGGUGAAGAUGUCACAGAAAAAAACUGUUUCAAACUUAUUAAAAAAGAGGAUAUCAUUCAGGACCUGAAAACAGCUGCAAUUUCUGAUUUCCACCCUGUCAAAAAAGUUGUCCUAGAAUAUCCAGGGGAAGAACUUCUGGUAGUUUUUGAUGCAAAGUUCCAGUAUGGACAGAACUUUUACCUUGUUGCUUCUGAGGAAGCCAAGGAAAACAUUCUGAAGCCUCCAGAAACUGCAGAAGAAAAAGAGGAAGAAAAAGAAGAAAAUAGAGAGGAAGCUCUGGAAGUCCAGCCUUAUAAACCCCCUGUCCAGAAACCUUGGGUUUCUCUUGGCAGCGAAAGGGAAGUUGAAGAAGAAUCUGUUAAAGAGACUGCUCCAAAGAUUAAGUAUAUGGUUUCUCGGGUACAGAGGAGGUUUGGUGCACCACUUACAUUGACUGAUAGGAAUGCUUCCCAUGUAGGAGACAGUUACGUUGAAUGCACACCCUACCAAGACAAAACGUUCAUUAUUAAAGUGCUUGAAAAUGAUGUGGGUGUACAAAUAGUUCCCAAAGUAAGAGAAGCUAGUACUCAGACAAAAUGGACCUAUCCAAAAAAUGCAGCUACGCAGUAUUUUCCUAGACAGUUGUCAAGUGAAGAGAAGGAAGAAAGUCUGUCAUCUAAGAAGCUGAAAGAUUUUCUUACAUCAGUACAUUUAAGAAUGGAAAUUGCAUUGCAGCAAAAUGAAAUUAUGAAUCCUUUUUUUGAUGACUGGAAGGCCCUAGCAGAAGACGAAAGCAGCUCUGAUGGCAAACCAGAUGUUUAUCUUAAAGCAUACCAAUCAUUUACAGAUCUGCACUAUCUCAAGAACAAAACUAUUAGCUGUGUUUGCUGGCAUCCAACUAUUCAUGGGAUUAUAGCAGUGUCAGCAAGAGAGCAGCUUUCUUAUGAGGAGCAAGUUAACCUGUCUGAUAAGUCAUUGCUGCAGCAGCCAGUAAUUGUUUUUUGGAGUUUUUCUGACCCUGUCCACCCUCAGUUAAUGUUGGAGUGUCCUCAAGACAUUUACUGCUUUCAGUUCAGGCCAAGUGAUCCAAAUAUCAUUGCUGGUGGCUGCGUCAACGGACAGGUUGUGCUGUGGGAUAUUUCUGAACAUGAAGAAAUGCUGCAAAAUGCAAAAACUGUUGCUGAUGGAAUCCAGGUAACAGCUGUCAAUAUGGCGAAUGCUUCUGUUCUAAAUGUACUCUCUUGCCUUAUGAAGCCUAUCAAAUACAUACAGCAAUUGUUGCUGAAUGUAAUACUGAAAGUUAUUCUGGAAGUUUAUGAACAGAAAGAAAAGCCAUCGCUUAUGCAAGUCCAGCAGAGUAGCAGAGAGCCACCUCUAGUGAGACACUGUGCAAUCUCUUCCAUACAGUAUAGUCAUAAAAAACCAGUAACAGAUAUACAUUGGCAACCAGAUUGUUCUGAGGACCACCAAAUGGAUGCUACUCUUGAAAACAAAGCUGAAAUUUGCAUGCAGCUUGUAACCUGCUCCCCUGAUGGCUCAAUAUUAUUUUGGGAUAUUCCAGCCACCAAACUUCCUCAGCCACCUUCAUCUGGGAAAACAAAAGUCAAGGAAAGUUUGUAUAUGCCCCCUGAUGUUCCAGAUACUUCUAAGCACCUAGAUUUCUGCUGGAAACCUCUCAUAAAGAUAAACCUGUGUGAAAGUGAUAUCAACAGAGAGUACAGUCCCACCAGAAUUAGCUUAAGGGAACUGCAUUAUCGUUACAAAACCUCAGAGAAGAUGCAACCCCUCAACAUACUACAGCUACUUGCCAAAGGCAGCCCAUAUACAGAGAUGAAUAUUUCUUCAAGCAAGAAUCUGAAAGUGCUAGAGAGUAUAUCCACUGACUUUUUUAUUGGAACUGAAGAUGGAGAAAUUGUUUAUUCUGACUGGAAAGUGGAAAUGGAUAGUGACUCGGCAAAACCAAAGCACACUCAGGAAUACAUCAUCCACACUGGAACCAUCAACACUCUCCAGAGAUCUCCGUUUUUUAAGGACACCAUUCUAAGCAUUGGAGGACGGAAUUUUGCCAUUUGGAAAGAAGGCAUUAUGAAUGGACCAAUCCUCCAGUCAAGCUGCUCUACAGGAAGAAACACUGCAGGACACUGGUCCUUGACAAGACCAGGAGUUUUCUUCAUUGGCAGAGACGAUGGAAACAUAGAUAUUUGGGACUUAAUGAAGAAAACUUAUGAGCCAUGUCAUAUCCAGAACAUCUCCAAAUCAGCAAUCUCUUUCAUCAGCCCCUGGAUUGGCUCACCAAUGCAGCAUUUCUUAGCUGUUUCUGAUGACCUUGGAGUACUGCAUGUUUUGGAGAUUUGUCAGACACUAAUUUACCCUUUAAUCCAUGAGCUUGCCAACGUACUUGAUUAUUUUGAAAGAGAAGCCAGAUAUCUGAAGUACCGUGAAGAAGAGUUUUUAGAGCAUCAAGAGUCUCAACCCAAAACAGAAUUGAAACGGAGCCGGAAACACAGAGAGAGAAAACAGUAUGUUAUACUUGGAAUUGAAAAAAACAAAACCUUCUUUAUUCCCUUGGAGUAUGACUGCUCUACAGAAAACAGAAGAAGAGAAGAGAUGAAGCAGCAAGGAAGUGCAGACUAUAUUGUGUUCUUUGACCUGGAGAAGCAGAUUCAGGUGGAUUUAGGUCUAGUAAAGGGACAAGGAAUACUUUCCUCAUCAGAUGUUUAG